GUUGGGGGGGAGACCCCUCCAGAGGGGCCUCGGCUGGAAGCUCAGCAGGAAGCUGGCCUGAGAAGCGGGGGAGGCGAGGGUGGGUCUCCGAGUGGAUGGAGCUCAGCCUCGGCACUCAGUCAGCCUCUGGGAGCCUCGGCUCCCUCGUGGGGAAAUGGCAUGUGCCUGCAGGGAGGGCCCGCCCGGCCGGCCGGCCGGCCCCCAGGGCACCACCGCAGCCUCGUCCGGUUUCCGAUCUCAGCACCUCACGCCCCCGCACGCUCACGGGCCUGCCCGCCAGGCGUGUGCAGGGCGGUGUUGUAACUUCCUAAUCUCGGCUCAUCACUCGUGCUCGGGCCAAAGGGGCCCGGCACGCAGGGCGACUACAAAGGCAGGGCCAGGCCAGCUGGUGCCACCGCCCGCUGCUGCUCCAGAGGGACUCGGAGCCGAGCCGGGACCCAGCCCGGCUGCCUGCCUACCCGUGCCCGCCUGGCAUCCGGCGGGGCCCAGGAAGGCCUGCCCUGGUCCAGCUGUCAUUUCCAAAGGUGGCCAUGGGCCGAGGCGCGCGCGCGCUGCUGCUGCUGCUGGGCCUGCUGCAGGGGGCCGGGGGCGGCGCGGGCAGGAAGGCCUGGCGGCGCCGCGGCCAGCAGCCCACCCCGCCGCGGGCCGAGGCGGCGCCCGUGGAGAGCUUCCCGCUGGACUUCACGGCCGUGGAGGGCAACAUGGACAGCUUCAUGGCGCAGGUGAAGAGCCUGGCGCAGUCGCUGUACCCCUGCUCCGCGCAGCAGCUCGGCGAGGACCUGCGCCUGCACCUCCUGCCCAACGCGACGGCGACCUGCAACGACGGCAGCCCCGCCGGCUACUACCUGAAGGAGUCCAAGGGCAGCCGGCGCUGGCUGCUCUUCCUGGAAGGCGGCUGGUACUGCUUCAACCGCGAGAACUGCGACUCCCGCUACAGCACCCUGAGGCGCCUCAUGAGCUCCAAGGACUGGCCGCGCACGCGCACAGGCACCGGCAUCCUGUCCUCCCAGCCCGAGGAGAACCCGCACUGGUGGAACGCCAACAUGGUCUUCAUCCCCUACUGCUCCAGUGACGUGUGGAGUGGGGCCUCGCCCAAGUCCGACAAGAACAAAUACGCCUUCAUGGGCGCCCUCAUCAUCCAGGAGGUGGUGCGGGAGCUGCUGGGCAAGGGGCUGAGCGGGGCCAAGGUGCUGCUGCUGGCGGGGAGCAGCGCGGGCGGCACCGGCGUGCUGCUGAACGUGGACCGCGUGGCCGAGCAGCUGCAGGAGCUGGGCCACCCCGCCAUCCAGGUGCGGGGCCUGGUGGACUCGGGCUGGUUCCUGGACAACAAGCAGUACCACCGCACCGACUGCGUGGACACGGCCACCUGCGCGCCCACCGACGCCAUCCGCCUGGGCAUCAGGUACUGGAACGGGCUGGUCCCCGAGCGCUGCCGGCGCCAGUUCAAGGAGGGCGAGGAGUGGAACUGCUUCUUCGGCUACAAGGUCUACCCGACCCUGCGCUGCCCCGUGUUCGUGGUGCAGUGGCUGUUCGACGAGGCGCAGCUGACGGUGGACAACGUGCACCUCACGGGGCAGCCGGUCCAGGAGGGCCAGUGGCUGUACAUCCAGAACGUGGGCCGGGAGCUGCGGCAGACGCUCAAGGACGUGGCGGCCAGCUUCGCCCCCGCCUGCCUCUCCCAUGAGAUCAUCCUCCGGAGCCACUGGACGGAGGUGCAGGUGAAGGGGACCUCUCUCCCGCGGGCGCUGCACUGCUGGGACAGGAGCCUGCACGAGGGCCUCAAGGGCAGCAAGGCCCCCCUGAAGGGCUGCCCCGUGCACCUGGUGGACAGCUGCUCCUGGCCCCACUGCAACCCCUCCUGCCCCACCAUCCGAGACCAGUUCACGGGGCAGGAGAUGAACGUGGCCCAGUUCCUCAUGCACCUGGGCUUCGACGUGCAGACCCUGGCCCAGCAGCAGGGCCUGGAGCCCAGCAAGCUGCUGGGCAUGCUGAGCAGCGGGAGUUAGGGCGCCCCUGGCCCCCCCGCCCCGCCCCUGGGCCAGGGCUGCGUGCCCCCCCCCCCACACCCUGGGCCAGGCCCCGCCCCCUCCCCUGCGC